AUGAAGAAUGUGGAUCAGGAAGGAGACGAUGGGGCCAGAGAGAGGGAAACGGAUGGAGCAGGGGAGAGUAGAGGGGAUGGGGCAGGAGAGGCAGAAGGGGAUGGUGCAGGUGAGAGUGGAGGGGAUCUGGAAGGAGAGGCGAAAGAGGGUGGCGCAGAGGGGAGCGGGGGUUGUAAGCAGGCUGCAGGUGCGACCAGUGCUGUCAAUCAGAAUGCGAAUCAGGUAAAAAUGGAUGGAUGCAAGAUGGUUGUCGAGACAGCAGGAGAGGAGGUUAAUGGUGGGAGUAACACUAGUGAUUAUCACCUUGUCUGUAUCUCUGGGGAAGUGGGUACUGGACAUACUGGAAACGGGAUGAAGUGGGCCAGAACAGGGAAUGAGCAAGUGGGGUUGGAGAGUGCCGUUGUGCCAUCCUUUGACCUCAACUGUAUGCCUCCUGGGAGUUGUGGUGAUGUUGACAGUUAUGGUGAUGGGUACGGUGGUGGUGGUGAUGGUGAUGGUGGUGGUGUUGGUGGUGAUGAUAGCUGCUUUGGCUUGCAUGAGGACUUGGAAGCACAGAAACUGAUGAGUGGGCGAGCAGGGCGGCGAGGUAAGGACAGCAAAGAAAUUGUCAUCGUGAUGGUCAAUGAGGAGAUGACAAUGGAAGCAUGCAAGGAGAUGAUGCUGAGGAGGCCUGCCCCUGUAGAGAGCUCCUUCCGCCUGACCUACUACGCGCUGCUCAACCUCAUGGCUCACUCCUUCCGCCUGACCUACUACGCGCUGCUGCACCUCAUGGCUCGAUCCAAGGGGCAGUUCAAUGCAGAGCACGUCAUUGCACACUCCUUCCACCAGUUCCAGCACGACAGACAAGUACCAGAGGUGGAGAAGAGGAUUAAGCAGCUGUACGCAGAAGCAGACACGCUAGAUGCAGGCAAUGAGGAUGAGAUUCGCGAGUACAACGCGUUGCGCCUGUCCCUAGCUGAGAAGGAGAGGCAGCUCAACGAGGAUGUGUUGCGGCCUGAUAGAUGCCUGACUUCCUGCACCCGGGAAGACUGCCUCUCCUUCGCCUCACCUUCGUUCGUGCAGAUUCGGAUGGUAGACAGGCUGGACGACUGGGGGUGGGGAGUGAUCGUGAACGUAAUCAAGCAACCCUCUCAAACCAGCACCAAAUCAGCCGUCAUCGCCCCCUCGCCCACCGCCUCUGUUACCGCUGAUGCACCGCUCUCCACCACAGCAUACCUGGUGGACACGCUGCCGCUGUGCUCUCGCGUGGUGGACAGUGGAGGAGGGGACGGUUCCACAGCUCAGCUUGUGCCGCGCCCGUGCGAGCUGGAAGGGAACGAAGAGAUGCAUGUGGUGAGUGAAUGGCUUCGUCUCCCUCUCCCCGUCCCUCUGCUCCCACAGCUACACCGUGUCAGAAAGUAG